AUGAAGAAGCGAGACCCGGAAGAAGAAAAACCGUGCGAAAAGGACGAUAAGAUCGCUGAGGAAAUCCCAGUUUGCCAGCAGAGGUCGCUGCUGUGUCGGCAGACAACAGAGAACAUGGCGUCGGGGCACUGCGAGAAGGUCGCGACCAAUCAACAUUUGCCUUCCAUCCAUCCUUCCGUUGUUACAUCCGACUGGCAACUGGCAGGAAAUAGUGCAAAGCGUGGUAGAAAGUAUCGUCUGCUGUCGUCCCACCGAUACCACCAUUGUGCCGUCGCUGUCGACGAUCUAACAGCCGCCAUUAUGGCUUCGGAAAUUUUUCCUUUCUUUUUUGUUUCCAUUAUUUUAAUUCGAUUCUCUCUUUUAUUUUCUCGUUUUUAUUAUUAUUAUUAUCAUCAUCAAUUUAUUCUUAAUUCUUUUGGAUUUUCUCUGUUAGCAUUUUUUAAAUUCUUUUUUUUUUUUUUUUUUUUUGUUCGCCUCCUUAUCCUGUUUUUCUUUUUCUUACUUUUUCUUUCUUUUCAUCUUUCAUUUUUUUUCUUUUUCCCCAAUUCUCUUUAUAUCUCUUUGUCACAGUGUUUCUCUUUCAGAUUCCUUUAG